CCGGGCACACUGCUGCGUCCUGAUUGGCGGAUUGGUUUCCACUGCGUGACCUGAUUGGUUGUCAGAGGAAGUAGGGCUCGGUGAUCUCAGCUCAAUCCGGAACUAGACCUGGUCGAAGGGCGAGAAUUUGUUUCUUCAGCUGAAUUAUAUUUUUAGCUCAACAACAAAGCUAAGCCUUCUUUCCUCAAACAUGUCUUACGGCAAAGCGGAGUUCCGCCCAGUCCCGAGGGACUUUGGCUCCCUCAUUCAGACAUGCAGCUCCAACAUCCAGAAGAUCACACAGAACACUGCACAGAUAAAGUCGAUGGUGAAUCAGCAAGGGACGAGCCAGGACUCCAGUGAACUCCAGGAUCGUCUGCAGCAGAUCCAGCACUACACUAACCAGCUCGCUAAGGAAACCAACAAACACCUUAAAGAGCUCGGCUCCAUCCCUGCACCUCUGUCCCCCUCUGAACAAAGGCAGCAGAAGAUUCAGAGAGACCGGCUCAUGAAUGAUUUCUCAGCGGCGCUCAACAACUUCCAGGCGGUUCAGCGACGCGCAGCAGAGAAAGAGCGAGAGUCCAUAGCCAGAGCAAGAGCUGGAUCCCGCCUCUCAAAUGAAGAUGGUUUUCGAGAUGAAAAGCUUGUCUCUUUUGAUAACCAGGAGGACUUGGGUCAGAUGACGAUCCAAACUGAAGAUGUUGCCAUCACAGAGGAGGACCUGGAGCUGAUCAGAGAAAGAGAAACCAACAUCAGACAGCUGGAGUCCGACAUCAUGGAUGUAAACCAGAUCUUUAAGGACUUGGCGGUAAUGAUUCAUGACCAAGGAGAGAUGAUUGAUAGCAUAGAAGCUAAUGUGGAGAACGCUGAGGUUCACGUCGAGCGAGGAAGGGAUCAGCUACAGAGGGCGGCACACUAUCAGCAAAAGUCUCGAAAGAAGAUGUGCAUCUUUGCUCUGAUCUGCUCCGUCAUACUCGUCGUCCUCGCCCUCCUCAUCUGGUGGGCGUCCAAGUGAGCUGAAGUCACACGUUCGGUGGUCCAACACUCCAUUUUACCCCCGCCCCCUCCCACCUUUAUAGCACUCGAUUGGAACUGCAAGAGGAAAAAGAUGAAAACCGUCAGGAGAUCAGGAGAGAGGGGGUUGUGCCACAGUCAAUGUGAACAUUUCAUCUGAAAGGAUCCGGUCUGUUUAUUUGUAAAGUAGUUGAAGAAUUUAUUUCGUCUGUGAUUGAAGAGGUAACAGACAACACAAUACUGUCUAAUUUAUGAAACUCCUUAAAUGUACUGACUCCUCCCUUAUCUUAUUUACCACACUAAUGCUAAUUACUAAUGUAUUUUUAAUGAAAUAAUGCAUUUUGUUUAGGUGAUUUCUGUUUUGUUUCUGCUGUUUUAAGAACGCUUCAUUCUCUCAUUGUAACAGAAUCUUAUAGCAGUUGGUUGUACAUGUUGUAAAUGAUAAACAUCUGAACAAUCCAUGUCUGUUUCCAGCACUGAACUAAAAGGCUGUUUUCAUACACGGUGUAUAAAAUUCAUUUCUGUGACUCCUUACAGUAUGCACAAUAAACAUCAUAAGCGCU